UCAGCUCUAAUGAUCUCUCUUGUCUGUACUAUCGUUCUUCACCUGGCUUCAUCAAUAAACAGUUGCAGGUCUCUCGCUGUUAAAAGUCUCAGCAGAAGCUUAUCUUUAUCUAUAUAUUAUAAUAAGGAAGAGACUGGGACUGAGAGAUUUUGGAGGCUUCGAGCAUGGGAAGUUUGGGCCGAGUCCUGGCGGUUUUGUACCCAAAUAAGCUACUAUGCUUGUCCGGUUCUCACGGUUUACAUCACCUGAACUGUAGGUUUAAAGGUUUCGACCGGAAAUUAAGCUCGAAAUGGCGAUCUAUGGCGUCCGAGUUCGAAUCUUCUUCUUUCGCGCCUUCUGUUGACUCUGAUUCCACUGAUAAAAACGCCGCUGGAUUUUGUAUCAUAGAAGGACCUGAAACGGUUCAAGACUUUGCUAAAAUGGAACUGCAGGAAAUUCGAGAUAACAUUCGAAGCCGGCGGAACAAAAUUUUCUUGCAGAUGGAGGAGGUUCGUAGGCUAAGGAUACAACAGAGAAUCAAGAGUGCUGAGCUUGGGAUUUUAAAGGAAGACCAUGAGCAUGAGCUUCCUGACUUUCCAUCAUUCAUCCCCUUUUUGCCUCCUUUGAGUGCAGAAAAUCUUAAGCUGUACUAUGCUACUUGUUUUUCUCUUAUUGCUGGGAUCAUCAUUUUUGGCGGCCUUUUAGCACCUAUUUUGGAAAUUAAGCUGGGGUUAGGGGGCACGUCAUAUGCAGAUUUUAUCCGUUGUGUACAUUUGCCUAUGCAAUUAAGCCAAGUUGAUCCUAUAGUGGCUUCAUUCUCUGGAGGAGCAGUUGGGGUGAUCUCAGCCUUGAUGGUAGUUGAGAUAAACAAUGUAAAACAACAAGAACAUAAAAGAUGCAAAUAUUGUCUUGGAACUGGGUAUCUGGCUUGUGCACGUUGCUCAAGCACUGGAUCACUUGUUCUUGUUGAAACAGUUUCAACAGUCAAUGGUGGAGAUCAACCAUUAUCCACACCCAAAACAGAAAGAUGUUCGAAUUGUUCAGGAUCUGGAAAGGUCAUGUGCCCCACAUGCCUUUGCACUGGAAUGGCUAUGGCUAGUGAACACGACCCAAGGAUUGACCCCUUUGAUUAGAGGUGUGGAGUGGCAUACUAGAUGAACACAGCUUAUGAUUGAUCCGUUGCUAGAUGACCCCCUCCCUCUCUGUGCCAUAGUUUUCCACGAAAUAAGAAAAAGCAUUAGUGUCACCUUAUCCCGUCCAUGUUUACUUAAAAUUGCAAGCUUUUCUUGUUCCGUUUUAUCAUUUUGGCAAUGAAAACAUAUGCAAGCUGUUUGAAUAACUACAAUGAUAUCCGCGUACUGACAACCCGGGUGAGUGUGAAGUGUAAACAAGUCUGCCUUCAUUGAUGUACCAGAACCUAUAAUGAGCCGUUCUGCAGGCUCGAUUUAGAAAAUUAUUUUUAACUUGAAA